CUCCGCAACCACCGCCAUGCUGUCGAGGACCUCCCAGAAGACGGCGCAGACGCUCCUGCGGGGCGCAAGGCCUGCAUCACAAUGCGUAGCCGGACCCUCCUUGACCGCCCGAACAAUGGCUACGGUCGGCCAGGAUAUCUUCAAGCCCACCAAGUUCGGCGGCAAAUACACCGUUACCCUGAUUCCUGGUGACGGUAUCGGCGCGGAGGUGUCUGAGUCGGUCAAGCAGAUCUUCAAGGCAGACAACGUGCCCGUCGAGUGGGAGCAGGUCAACGUGUCGGGCGUGGAAACCGGCGACAAGCACUCCGAGGAGCUCUUCCGCGAGUCCAUUGCCUCGCUCAAGCGCAACAAGCUUGGUCUGAAGGGCAUCCUGCACACGCCCGUCGAGCGCUCCGGCCACCAGUCGUUCAACGUUGCCCUUCGUCAAGAGCUCGACAUCUACGCUUCGAUCGUCCUCAUCAAGAACAUCCCCGGCUACGAGACGCGCCACAAGAAUGUCGACCUCUGCAUUAUCCGCGAGAAUACUGAGGGCGAAUACUCUGGGCUGGAGCACCAGUCAGUUGCCGGCGUCGUCGAGUCGCUCAAGAUCAUCACGCGCGCAAAGUCAGAGCGCAUCGCCAAGUUUGCCUUUGCCUUCGCGCUGGCCAACAACAGGAAAAAGGUCACCUGCAUUCACAAGGCCAACAUCAUGAAACUCGCCGACGGUCUCUUCCGUAACACAUGCAAGAAGGUUUCAGAGGACUAUCCGACCAUAGAAUACAGCGACAUGAUCGUCGACAACGCCUCGAUGCAGUGUGUCUCGCGGCCACAGCAGUUCGACGUCAUGGUGAUGCCUAACCUGUACGGAGGCAUCUUAUCCAACAUCGGUGCUGGUCUGGUUGGUGGGCCUGGUAUCGUCCCAGGAUGCAACAUGGGCCGCAAUGUCGCCGUGUUCGAGCCCGGGUGCCGUCACGUCGGUCUCGACAUUAAGGGCAAGGACCAGGCUAACCCAACCGCUUUGAUCCUUUCAGCUGCCAUGCUUCUGCGACACAUCGGCCUGGACGAGCACGCCAACCGUAUCUCGCAAUCUGUAUAUAAGGUUAUCGAGAAUGGCAAAGUACGGACGCGGGAUAUGGGAGGCAGUGCUACGACGCACGAAUUCACCCGCGCCAUCUUGGAUCAGAUGGAGAAGGCAUGAGGCGAACAAGAUGUUUUCCAUUUGGCUAAACCCCGAUCUAGCGCGAAGACGGUCCCACCUACCGCGCGCACAUGAAUUGGACAAACCCCAGGCUUAGAUCUCAGCGUCAGAUUUGAUUUUACGAUUGGAUGCGGCAACGUGGACGUGUACAAGUAGGUAGCCGGUGUGAAUAGAGCUGUACUUUUAGUGGUAUAUAGCUAGCAUGCAUGAUCGAUUCAAUACCCCCAACGCCGCGCUAAUGCAUAUC